UUGUUGUUGCUGGCUUGUGGGUGUCGAGGCAGUUUCGCGGCGCAAUGUUGCAAGUGAAUUUUGGGUAAACAAAAUCCGUUGAUAAGACAUUCGCACGGUACUAAUCGCACGGGAGUAGCGCGACAUUUUCACCGCUGACAAGCCCGCCUAAAGCGCAGUUUAAAGUGCCGAUCUAAGCCAGGCUUCGUUUCCUGCGAGUGUGCCUGUGUGUGUGCGCGAGUGCGGUCGGUGUGUAUGUGUUUUGAGCCCACAAGCGUAGCCCGGAAAAAAAGAAGUUUUUCUGUUACCAUAUUUUUUACCAAGGGCCAAAGGGCGCAGCAUCUUCGCUCUCUAUCUCGCGCUCUCUCUCGCUCGCUCGCUCGUUCGCUAAUGCGACUUUUGCAACUCCAGUUAUUGUGUGUAAACAGCAGGUGAAAAAUAAUACAAAACAAAAAAAAAACAAGGAAAGUGCAAAGAGCAAGGAGAAAGAGGCAAGAAGAAGCAGCAACUCCGCGCAGAGCCACAAAAAGUGACGCAUAAAUAAAGGUUGCUAAUUACAAAAGGCAUAUCGGGAGCAGCAGAGGAUCAGAAAUGGAGCUUGAGCCGCGUGUGGCCAUCCUGCAGGACCUGCGCCUGCAGACCUUCGACUCCAUUCGAUUCGCAUCCUAUCGCACCGCCUCCAAGCUGCGCUACAUACAGAAGUCCACAAAUCUCCAUUUGGUGGACAUAUGGAAUGUGAUCGAGGCGUUCCGCGAGAAUGGACUGAACACGCUGGAGCCGCAGAGCGAGGUGAGCGUGGCCAGGCUGGAAACCCUGGUCUCCUCGCUUUACCACAACCUCAACAAGCGCCUGCCCACCGCUCAGCAGGUGCCCGUGGACUCCAAGGCGGGUCUGCUGCUCAACUGGCUCCUGGCUGCCUACACAAGUGAUAACUCGGGAAAGAUUCGCGUGUUCUCCAUCAAAGUAGCCCUGGCCACCAUGUGCUCCGGCAAGCUGGUGGACAAACUAAGAUACAUUUUCUCGCAGAUCUCGGACGGCGCUGGCCAGCUGGUGGCCUGGAAGCUGGGCGAGUUCCUGCGCGAGGUGCUGGCCCUGCCGGCGGCCGUGUACGAGUCGCCCACAUUCCACUACAAGGAGGGGCUCGAGGAGGAGAUCUUCCCGGCCGAGAACAAGGUGACGGUGAACGACUUUAUGGCCACGCUGAUGUCCGAGCCGGGGCCGUCCUGCCUCGUCUGGCUGCCGCUGGUGCACCGGCUGGCCACCGUGGAGACCAUUGUGCAUCCGACUGUCUGCUCUGUUUGCCACAAGGAAAACUUCACCGGGUUUCGUUAUCGCUGUCAGCGGUGUCACGCCUACCAGUUGUGUCAGGAGUGCUUCUGGCACGGCAAGACAUCGCUGAACCACCAGAACGAUCACGAGGUCAAGGAGUACUCGAGCUACAAGUCGCCCAGCAAACAGAUCGGUCACUCGCUGCGCAAGAGCUUCCGCUGUGUGCCCGAGAAGACGGUGCAGGUGCUACCCCGCUUCCCCGACCAGCCGGAGAAGACGCUCAACCUGUCGCACAUCGUGCCGCCCUCGCCGCUGCCCUCGCACAACGGCUUCUCGGACCCCUCGGGCCUCGUACAUGGCCACCACGGCCCCGGGCAUCCGGGCCUACCGGGCCAGCACGGCCUCUUUGAUCGCUCCAGCACGCUCGACUCGCGGGCCACAGGUCGCAGUCUGGACAGCGCCAGCGGCACUGCCGGCACCACCAUGUCCCGCGUGGCAGCCGCCUCCGCCAACGACGAGGAGCACCGCCUGAUUGCCCGCUAUGCCGCCAGAUUGGCCCAGGAGAACCGAGCGCCCUCCAACUUGCCCGACAGUGCCACACCCAUUGGCACGGACAACUCGCGAGCCCAGCGCGAACUGAUUGCCCAACUGGAGUCCAAGAACAAGGAGAUAAUGCGGGAGAUAGCGCGCCUGAGGCGUCAGCAGGAGACGGAGCAGAUGGCCCCGGAGAAUCCGGCGCUGGUCAACGAACUGCGCGCCUUAAGGCAGCGGAAGGGAGAGCUGGAGGGUCAUCUGUGUGCCCUGCAGGAUUCGCGGCGACAGCUAAUGGAGCAGCUGGAGGGGCUGAUGCGUAUGCUGAAGAACCAGCAGACAGCCUCGCCCCGCUCCACGCCAAACUCGAGUCCUCGCUCUGGAAAAUCGCCACCAAUGCCCGGAGGAGCUGGUAUCCUGGGCACCUCACCCAUGAGUGCCCUGCACGCCCAGCAGAUGCAGCAGCAUCCCAUGGCCGGAGGAGGAGGAGGAGGAGGCAGGCCCACCCAGCAGCAACUCCUCCAACAGCAACAACAGCAGCAGGCACAUGGCCAUGGUCCAUUCAGCCAGAGCCAGCUGGAUCAGCUCAACCAGAUCAGCAGCGAUAUGCGCAGCGCCUUCGCAGCCAACGGAAGUGCAACGCCACCGCCAAUGCGCACCACCACUGCCACUGCCCAUGUCAGUGCCAUUCCCAGCCUCAAUCCGAUUCCGCUCCAGAAUCCGAAUCCCGACGCGGAGCUCAAUGAGGCCGCCGAUCAUCUAACGUCGGCCAUUUCCCACAUGGUCAGCGACCUGAACGCAGGACGGGGAAGGGCCAAUCUGGGGGCUCAGCCGACGGGCAGCAGCUCCCUGCCGCAGGCUCGCUUCAUCAUGCCACUGGAAUUCCGACACAUCGAGGGCGGCGAGUCGGAGGACUCGAGUCAGUGCGAGUGCAACGAUUGCGAGUGCGGGGAGUACGAGGAGGUGUUCCGCACCGACGAGGAUCUCGAGUGCGAGGGAGCCGCAGCUCCCUUCGGGGAUCCAUACCCGGGCAUUCCCGAGGAGGACCACUUCGAUUACACGUUCGGGCAGGGCGAGGAGCUGUCGCAGGUGAACCGCAUCCUGGGCUACCGCAAUCACCCGGAACUGUUCAUCGACGAUGACCAGGCCGGCUUCCCGGCGCUGCACGAGAUCGGUGAGACAAUCGAUGAACUGCAGCUGAUCAUGCACGCUUAUAUCAUGAAGUAUAGUCUGAAUAUAUAAGGUGUUAUAUAUCGUCGUAGGUUACCAAAUAUAUAUACUCUCCGAUCAGAUUUCGACGAAUCUCAAUCGUAUAACCAAGAGUGGAACGAAAAGGCAAAUGCGAAUAGCCAAUGGCAGGAGCAGUUUGCACAAUGGAGUCUUAACUCGCAAAAGAACUAAGGACUCGCCACCAGUGGACCAGUGGAAACAGCAGGACUGGGAAUCUCCGGAGGCAGCUGGACCGAAAGAUGAAGACGAACUCUCGCUUAGCUUUUUACCCUACCUUAACUCAUAUGUUGACUUAGAGCAAUUUAUUUAUUGAUUAUUUUAUGGAGCCGUAGCCUACACCACCUUAAUCAUUAUAAUUUAUACCUUGAUGUUUGGUAUCUGCGUAAUUGUAAACAUAUAUAUGAUUAUUUUAUCGAAGCAAAGAAUAUGAAUAUAGCUGAUAAGCAAGACUUGCAGUUGCACUGCUCCUUGAAGUCGCAAAUCCAUUGAAUCUCGUUGAAACUUUUACGAUCGUACUGCUAAAGGGCAAUAAGAGGUAAUGGCGUUUUAAUUUUAGGUUUCCACGAUUUCGUAAUUGGCUUCUAGAUUUUGUAAGCGCCCGCGCCAGCGGUUAUUUAUUACCAUGAAACUUAACAAAUCGAAAAUCAAAUCACGUAAUGCGUAAUACAAAUACGAUAUAGACAUUUACAUAUUAUGUACUUAAUAACUAGCAACUUGUUGAGAACCUAAAAUCAAAUUCUAAAUGCUAAACAUUAUACACACAUUAAACACUUUGAGAUACGGUAAAGCCAACAACUAUUUGAGCCACAACAAAAACCCAAUGUUAAACACUAAAAAUGAAAAAAACAAAACACGAUUUAUAUAUUAUCCAUUUAUAAUAUGCAUUCAUACAAGAAAAGUUAUACCAUAUAAUCGUAACGGCAUACUGCACGAGAUAGAGAAAAUCCGACAUUUAUAGAACUUAUACAUAACUACUGAAUAAUAUUACAAAAGAGAAAGCUAAAUAAAAAGGCAUUUUAAACAAUCACA